GAUGGAAAAAUAAACAACACCAGAGAGAGAGAGAGAGAGAGAGAGAGAGAGAGAGAGAGAUGGGAAGACCUCCUUGCUGUGACAAGGUGGGUAUCAAGAAAGGUCCUUGGACACCUGAAGAAGAUAUCAUCUUGGUAUCCUACAUCCAAGAACAUGGGCCAGGGAAUUGGAGAUCAGUGCCUACAAACACUGGGUUGCUGAGGUGCAGUAAAAGUUGCAGGCUGAGAUGGACAAAUUACCUUAGACCAGGAAUCAAGCGUGGGAACUUCACUCCACAUGAAGAAGGGAUGAUAAUCCAUCUUCAGGCCUUGUUGGGUAACAGAUGGGCUGCCAUAGCUUCCUACCUUCCUCAAAGAACAGAUAAUGAUAUCAAGAACUAUUGGAAUACACACCUGAAGAAGAAGAUAAAGAAGUUCCAAACAGCUAUGGACUCUCACAUGACAACAUCAGAUACAAGUGCAAUCACAUCAAAUCUCAUUUCAAAAAGCUACUACACCCAAACAAGGAAUUCAGAGAUGGGCACCAACCUUCCCUCCUCUUUCAGAUUGAACACUGGAGGCUCUACUUAUGCCUCAAGCACUGAGAACAUCUCAAGACUCUUGGAAGGUUGGAUGAGGAACUCUCCAAAAGCUAGUUCGAAGGCAGCUCAAGAAGAGAAUCAACCUCAAAGCAAUGAAAAUGCAAAUGCUGUUGCACCCAAUCAAAUCAAAGCUGAGCAAGAGAACUGUGAUAUCAUAUCCCAUGAAGAACUAGAGAAUCUUCUCUCUUUUGAGAGUUUGAGCAGCAUGGCAUGGGAGAAAUCAUCUUCUGACUCCACCCAACCAGAUGGGUCCCACAACACUGCCAACGACAGCCUCAGCUCAUCAGUGGAUGAAGCCAAGGUCAGAUCAGGCAACCAGCCCCCAUUCUCUUGCCUUGAGAUGUGGCUCUUGGAUGAGGCAGCAACAGGUCAGGCAGAAGAGCUGAUGGACCUCUCUCUAGAUUGCUGCUCGGCUCCUGCAAUCUUCUGAUAAUCUCUCCCUCUCUCUAAUAAGAUCUUGUGAUGGGUGGAUAGCUAGUCUUGCCUACCAUGUGGCCCUUUGGCUCUUUCUUCAACGGCGGUGAUUCAUCCACUGUACAUGUGGCAUCCAUGUACAUGGAUCAAGAUCAUGUGUCCUAAUGUGGAUGGUAGUUGUACCAUUGCAUUUCUUAUGUGAACCGUCCCAUCGUUUCAACUUUCACCAUGUGAUCGAUCCAAAGUUUGCCCCAUGGCUCUAAAUGGAUGGUCUAGAUUGAUGUACACGCAUGCCACAUGUUCCGUGGAUAAGUCACCACUAUUUAAGACAUGGUGCGGAGCAUAGACAGUAGUCUAGCUCCUUAUGUUGCUGCUUACUUUAAGCUAUGCAUGAGAAAAGUCCCAACAAAAAAGACUCAUUGCAUGGACUCUCUGUCGUUGUUUGAAUCUCCUUCGUAGAUGUUUAUAAGAAAGGUUGUUUUCACCAAGUGUAAGAUUAGAACAGGUGCUUUGUAUGUAUUAUCUCAAAUAAAUCAAUUCUCAUGACCUAAAA